CGCUCCCUGAUCCACCUGCUUCCAUCCUGAGGGACUAAAGUCUGAUCAAACAGCACCUUGAACUGACCAAGGCGAUCCUUAAGCUGUGAGCGGGAAGAUGAGUGCUCUUUUCGCCAAGCUGGACCCACGGCAGGUGGAGUGGGAGGCCUCCUGGUAUGGCCUGCACUCGCGCAUGCUGCGCACCAAGCCCGUGGAGUCCAUGCAGGAGGGCGCGGCCGACCUGCACGGCACCAAGCUGGCCCGGGUGCUGACCACCGUGGACCUGGUCUCGCUCGGCGUGGGCAGCUGCGUCGGCACCGGCAUGUACGUGGUCGCGGGGCUUGUUGCUAAGGAGAUGGCCGGCCCUGGCGUCAUCUUGUCCUUCGUCAUCGCUGCAGUGGCUUCCAUUCUGUCAGGGGUGUGCUAUGCAGAGUUUGGCGUCCGCGUGCCGAAAACAACAGGCUCCGCCUACACCUACAGCUACGUGACUGUGGGGGAGUUUGUGGCCUUCUUCAUUGGCUGGAACCUCAUACUGGAGUACUUGAUUGGCACGGCGGCAGGGGCCAGCGCCCUCAGCAGCAUGUUCGACUCCUUAGCCAACCACACCAUCAGCCGCUUCAUGAUCAACAACCUGGGCACUCUCAACGGCCUGGGUAAAGGUGAGGAGUCAUAUCCUGACAUGCUGGCUCUGCUCAUCGCCAUUAUGGUGACUGUCAUUGUGGCUCUGGGAGUGAAGAACUCGGUGACCCUCAACAAUGUGCUCAACGUGGUCAACCUGGUGGUGUGGGUCUUCAUGGUGAUCGCAGGCCUCUUCUUUAUCAGCGGGGCUAAUUGGGACGGAGGCCGAUUUCUACCCUACGGCUGGUCAGGGGUCAUGCAGGGAGCUGCCACUUGUUUCUACGCCUUUAUUGGGUUUGACAUCAUCGCCACCACAGGGGAGGAGGCCAAGAGUCCCAACACGUCCAUCCCGUACGCCAUCACGGCCUCCCUCAUUACCUGCCUCACUGCCUACGUCUCUGUUAGUGUUAUCCUGACGCUGAUGGUGCCUUAUGAUGUGAUUGACGGCGACGCCCCACUGAUGGAGAUGUUUGCUGUUCAUGGCUUCAUGGCGGGGAAGUAUGUCGUGGCCAUAGGCGCCAUUGCUGGUCUCACCGUCAGCCUGCUGGGCUCUCUGUUCCCAAUGCCACGGGUCAUCUACGCCAUGGCUGGGGACGGCCUACUCUUCAGGUUCUUAGGCCAUGUGAGUCCCUACACGGAGACGCCGGUGGUGGCGUGUGUGGUGUCCGGCUCCCUGGCGGCCAUCCUCUCCCUGCUGGUCAGCCUGCGGGACCUGAUCGAGAUGAUGUCCAUCGGCACGCUGCUGGCCUACACGCUGGUGUCCGUGUGCGUGCUCCUGCUGCGCUACCAGCCCGACCAGGCCGACUUCCAGGGCCACGGCGGCUACCUGACGGGGGAGGACGACGGCGGCGACGCGGGCAAGACGAGGAAGGAGGGGGUGCUGGCCGAGUGCGAGCAGGAGGCGUACCAGGGCGGUAAGGAUCACCACGACGACAACGACGACAGCACGGGCAACACCUGCGGCACCAAGAACCUGCCGGGCAAGGGCGACGACGAGAUGCUGAUUGACGGCUCCGACCCCUCGGGGUACCAGUCCGACAGCUCGGGCUACGGCGUCAGCGAGAAGAGCCUGGGGGAGGGGGAGGAGGCGGACAGCGCGCCGUCCGCUCUGCUCAAGCGAGCGCUGGGUCCGCACUACUACACCCUGCGGGUGCGGCUGGGCCUGCCCGACUCCAGCGACCGGCCCACGCCGGCCACGGGGCGCACGGUCACCGGCUGCGUCCUCCUGCUCUUCGUGCUGACCUUCCUCCUGUGGUCCAUCGUCAUCUACGGCCUGGACCGGGAGUCCGGCGGCGCCCGCUGGGCCCUAGUGCCGCUGGUCGGGAUCAUCGCCUUCAAGAUGGCCGCCCUGCUGGUGAUCAUCCUGCGGCAGCCGGAGAGCCGCAAGAAGCUGCCGUACAUGGCGCCGUGCGUGCCCUUCGUGCCUGUGGCGGCCAUGUUGGUCAACAUCUACCUGAUGCUCAAGCUCUCCAGCAUCACCUGGGUGCGCUUUGCAGUGUGGUGCUCUAUAGGUCUGCUGAUUUACUUUGGCUAUGGAAUGUGGAAGAGCUCUCUGGAGCUGUUUGCCCAGGAGGAAGAGGCGCACGCCAGCUCUUACCAGUGUUUUGACGCCGGCGUGGACGACAGCUUCACGGUGGAGGAGGACGCCCCCCCUCACGGCGAUGCGGACGAGACCCCGUAUCAGGGCUGGGGAGGCGAGGAGAGCGGCUAUCAGAACCAGAACCAGAACCAGGAAGAGCACCAGUACCAGCACGGGUACCAGUAUGGCCAGCAGCCGGAGGUGGACGGCCACAGGACCGCUGGCAAGUCAAAAAGCAGAGGCCGGACCAGGAAAGGCUUUGAGGAGCUGGUGGAUGAUGAUGAGUAUUCACCAGAGUGAGUGAUUAAAGGCAGUUGUUGUCUGUGUUGGGUGCAGUUACAGUUUGCAAUGAGGUUUUUUUUAAUGUAUUCGUUUAUUUUCCCUUGUUGAUGUGGCUUGUUUUGUGGUGUAUGCCUGAAAAAGAGUGAGAGAGUGUUGUUGCUGUAUUUUUCUGUUAUCUGUCUGUCACCAGGAAUCUAAGAAAAUUUGGAAAGUUAAGAGAUUCCAUUAAAACAAGAUCAGAAAGGACAAAACUCUGAACUUUGAAAUAGUGCCUUUCUUUAUCUCUGUGUGAUAUAAAGACUUAUUUUUCAUUCACAAAUAAAAUAUAAUAUUGUAAAAUUGUCUAAGGACCAAAUGUUUGUCAGGUGUGAAUUUACCUUUGUGCUGCUAUACUUGUUCGCGGAUUCAACAUUAUUUG